CUGCAAGCGCACAGAGCGACUUCAGACAGCAGACCGCAGUCUACAGGUCUCUUCAGUUCGGAGCUCAGGACGCAAACAUGACGGAUCAAUCUGCCUUCGACACAGACGUGUGGACGCUCACGCGCUUUGUCAUGGAGACAGGAAGACAAGUGAAGGGCGCGACGGGUGAACUCACCCAGCUCAUUAACGCCAUGCUAACGGCCAUCAAAGCCGUUUCAUCUGCCGUGAGGAAAGCAGGCCUUGCUCACCUUCAGGGCAUUGCUGGGCACAUAAACGUCACAGGAGAUGAGGUGAAGAAGCUGGAUGUGCUGUCCAAUGAUCUGGUCAUCAACAUGCUGCAGGCUUCUUACAGCACCUGUGUGCUAGUCACUGAGGAAAACAAAGAAGCCAUUAUCACCCCUGCUGAGAAAAGGGGUAAAUACAUAGUGUGUUUUGAUCCUCUGGACGGCUCCUCCAACAUCGACUGCUUGGCCCCCAUAGGCACAAUCUUUGCAAUCUACAAAAGGAUUGAAGAGUCUUCAGAAAGCGAGCCCACUGAGAAAGAUGCUCUACUGCCAGGUAACCAGAUCGUAUGUGCAGGCUAUGCUCUGUAUGGCAGUGCUACUGUAGUGGCCAUGAGCACUGGAGCUGGACUCAACUUUUUCAUGCUAGAUCCAGCCAUCGGUGAAUUCAUCCUGACAGACAGAAAUGUCAAGAUCAAGAAGAAGGGGAAGACCUACAGCCUGAACGAAGGCUACGCCAAGUACUUCAAUUCUGCUGUGACUGAGUACAUAAAGCACAAGAAAUUCCCUGAGGAUGGCAGUGCCCCUUAUGGUGCCAGGUAUGUGGGCUCCAUGGUGUCAGACGUGCAUCGUACCAUCGCUUAUGGUGGCAUCUUCUUAUAUCCUGCCAAUGAGAAGAGCCCCAAAGGAAAGCUGCGGCUGCUGUAUGAGUGUAACCCCAUUGCCUUCCUGGUGGAGCAGGCCGGAGGUUUGGCCACCACAGGCACUCAGAGGAUCCUGGACAUUCAGCCCGAGGCUCUGCAUCAGAGAGUUCCUUUUGUUGUUGGCUCACCGGACGAUGUGGAAGAAUACAUGGCCUUCGUGAAGAAAUAUAAGAAAUAGACCAUUUUACACAUCUGAUUUUUUUUAAGGCUAAACACAAAGUUUGAAACUAAACAUCCAAACAAAAGAUAUAUUCUGAAAAUCUUCUUUGGUUUAAAUGGAUAUGAAUAAACAUGUUGUGUUUGUUUUUGGCAAGUGAGCUUAAUUAUAAAAUGUUUUUUGAAGGUUUUGAAUAGUUUCAUGCCUGGCUGGGGAUGUAAUGAUUCACGAAAUUCAUAACCGAGUUCAAUACGAUACAGUGGGGUCUCAAUUUGAUACAUUUUUCGAUACAGCAAAUAUAUAUGGAAGAGUUUCAAAAUGUACUAUUCACUCCUUACAGUCAAUACACUGAAACAAAGCUGCAAAAAUCACUCGUUUUGAGUUUGUUGUUUUUGUGAUGUCACAAAGACCAACACAUGUAAAUAUAUCUGCCUAUUCAGCCUACAGAUAUUUAGCCUUGCCCACUCACAUUGAACUUAUAAGGAGUUAUUUCAGCGCCAACUGCUUUUUGAAUUCUAAGGCCAGAAACAAACUCAGCGCAAGUAUGCGAACGCAAAUGACAGCACUUGGCAAACACACGGACCUUCUAUGCAAACUCGCUAUGCGUUCUUACGUUAUUGUGGUGGAUAAAACACCCAGUACUGAAGGGGGUGAUAGAGGACAAAUAAGAAAGGGAAAUGCUGUCAUUCCAACAUCCACAGCUUCUAAACAUGUGAAUGGUAAAAGGUGCUUUCAGAGCUGCUUUAUGAGGAGCCUGGCCAGUUCCUAUUUCCUCUGUUAUAUCAAAAACAUGACUGCAAAACAGUCCUCAAUGAAUGGAAGUAAAUGGAGCUCAAUCAACUGGCCAGAAUUUUCUUUUAAUUUUAGAAAGUAGAAUGUAUUUCACUAAAAAAACUAAGAAAACGUACCUAUGUAUUUCUCUCAUUGGCUGUUCGCGUUCACAGACGUCAUGGAUGGACAUGAGGCGCCGUUUUAAACUUCUAUAACUCAAGUUUGAAAGCUCAUAAAAAUAUAGCAGCAGUGUUAAUAUAUUUUAUACUACUCAGUGUUCAGAAAAUCCUUUUACAUUAAAAAUGUUUAAGCAUUUAUAAACUGUGAUUUGCUCAAAUGCUCCAUCUUAACUCAUUCAUUUUGGACUCGCUCGGGAGCUCCCUCUAGCAUUUAAGAAACCCUGGAAGACACUACAGAGUGGUAGUUCUCUCUAGAAGUUCUCUGGUGCUUUACCUUUUGUGUCUUGACACAGUUCAAAACACAACGACGUGUUCACUUACUUGAGUGAAGCGUGUUUUUGGUCUAAGGGAUAAAGAGAGGUUGGGUGAUGUUGAUGAAAAAUUUAAUUAUGGCUUUGUUUGGUACAUAAAACCUCGCAAACAUCAUAAGCGGACCUCAUGGGAAAAAAUAAACAAGAAAAUGUAGAAUAUGGGCCCUUUUCAGUUUAUUUGAGCAUUCAGUAUUAACCGUGUUUUCUAAAAUGUGCUAGCCAUGAGCUAAUAUGUUAGCCUUGAGCUUAUAAUCUGUUGAAUGUAUUGUUCAGUACUUUUGUGCACUGAACAAUACAAUGUUAUAUUGCUGCACUUGAUCUGAAUCACAUUAUGUCACUUCAGUGUUAUAUCACAUAGGCCAUUAUGUGAACAUAUGAAUCUGACCAUGUAGUCUCAAAUCUUAAACCUCUUAACAGCCUGAGGCCAAUCUAGGCAACAUAGAUUUAUACUAAUGCUGGAAGAAAAUGUGACAUUUGCUUGCAGCUCCCACACAAACCUUUUUUUUUUAUUAGAAAAUGUCUUAUUGUAUUGAAGCCUUUUCUGAAAGACAGUUUUGUUCAGAGAAAACCAAAUAAAAACACCAGUAUUUUG